AUGGUGGUUAAAAGUGUGAAGAAAGAAGAUCAUCCGAAACAUCUACAGGAAGUUUUCAAUACUUUGAAGAAGUACAACAUGAAGUUGAAUCCAUCCAAGUUCUCCUUUGUGGUAUCAUCAGGACAAUUCCUCGGCCACAUAGUGAAUAAAAGAGGGAUAGAGAAUAAAGAUAUAUGGAGACCUCAGCAGCAGGAGGCCCUCAGUCGGUUGAAGGGUUACAUGGCUGAACCACCAAUUCUAUCCGCUCCAAAACCCGGGGAGGUUCUUAUUAUGUAUUUGGCAAUUUCUAAUAUAGCGACAAGGGCAGUAUUGAUUAAAAAGGAAGGAAAGAGACAAUAUCUAGUCUUCUACACAAGUAAGACCAUGACAGAUGCAGAGAUGCGAUAUAGUAAAGCAGAAAAAGUCAUUUUAGCUUUGAUCUAUGCCAAGAGGAAGCUUCGGCAUUAUUUCGAAUCUCAUAGCAUUGUGAUACUCACCAACUAUCCUAUACGGGGUAUACUCUCUAAGCCCGAUUUAUCUGGGAGAAUUACCAAGUGGGCUAUCGAGCUUAGUUCCUUCGACAUAACUUAUGAGCCAAGGGUGUCGCACAAAGGACAAACCGUAGCGAACUUUCUUCUCGAGUAUGAAGAUACUCCCGAAGAGCUGGCACACCUUGAACCACAGUGGGAACUUCGAGUCGAUGGUUCCUCGAAUCAAGCAAGUGCAGGAGUAGGCGUUGUAAUGUCAACACCUGAAGGCACCAAGCUGCAGCAAUGUAUCUGUUUGAAGUUCCCAGCUAUGAACAAUGAGGCCGAGUACGAGGCAUUACUUGCUGGUCUUCGAUUAGCUAGCAGUCUCCAGGUACGUUGCUUAAAGGUUUUUAGUGACUCACAGCUUAUUAUAAAUCAAGUGACAGGUCAGUACCAUCCCAAAGAGGAAAGAAUGAAUGCAUAUAAAGAAGCUGUAGAGAAUGUUGCACGGGGAUUCGAUCAGAUCGAAUUCUAUCAGGUACCUCGUGUUGAGAAUGCUGAAGCAGAUCAAUUGGCCACAUCAGCGUCAUCUUCAAAUGAGGAUCUGAUUCAGAUUGUGCCGAUUGAUGUUCUGGACGAGCCCAGCAUUAAUCCUCCGCAGGAAGUAAUGGUGGUUCCAAUUAUUCCUCGAGAACCAUGCUGGAUUGAUCUAUUGGAAAGUUACCUCAAGCAUAGAGUUCUUCUAGACCAGAAGUCCGAAGCACGAAAGCUCUGUAUCACCGCAGCUAAAUAUGCCAUCAUUAACAAUCAGUUAUACCGAAAGUCAUUUUCAGGUCCUUACCUGAAAUGUUUAAGCCCUACUGAGGCUUUUGUGGUGUUGAGACAAAUCCAUGACGAAGAUUGUGGCAACCAUUCUGGGGGCAGAUCCCUCGCGCAUAAAGUCCUGACUCAAGGUUACUUCUGGCCGUACCUGGCCCGGAAUGCAGAAGAGUAUACACGGAGGUGUGACAAAUGUCAACGUCACAGUCCCAUGAAGCAUCAACCUGCCGAAGAUUUGCACGCAAUGGCAAAUCCAUGGCCAUUCGCAUAA